CUUUUCGGAAUUUCAAAACUGUCUCGAAUUCAAGGGGCCUCCUUCGAAACCGUUAAAGUGGAAACAAAUUUUUGAAUAAUGUGCAAGUGGAAAAUGUAAAUUUUAAUUAGCAAGAAAAGGAAUAAGAAAAUAAUUACCUCAUCUAUUACGCAUAACUUAGCAAAGGCAAUGGCCCUUAGAGUUUUGUUUAGGGUUCAAAUGUGGCCAUAAUAAAUAAUCCUGCAUAUAAAUGUGAACACAAUAAAGUUUUGGGCCCCAGUGCGUGGGGGUGUGUCAAUAACCAAGGCAACUAGCCGCAACGCCCACUCCGGCAGAAACAGCUUAAACAUAAUCAUUUCGCAGCUUAGAAGGCGUUAAACGCAUUUAAGCCGGGUCAAGUAAGUGGUCGAAAGGACAAAGGACCCGCCUCCUGUGGCUUCGGUGGUCACUUGAAAAGUCCCCAGUGCAAAUGUGUUAAACACACACAAGAAAUCCCAAGGAUAUCAAGAAAAAUUGCUGAACUGGAGAAAGGGAAUCCUCAUUCUGCAGAUACGGACGGUGUUAGAGUAGAAGUACCACACCAGUUGAGUGCCAGGAUGUUAUAGAAUGAGUGACCACGACCACAUCGAAUCGGUGAAUGCCAGCGGGAGUGAUCCGCUCCUGGAGCUGCACAACCUAGAAGGCAUCGGCGAGAGCGUAGAGCUGCAGUGUCUGGUGCAGGAACACAUCGAGGCCUCGACCUAUGGCAACGCCAGUGACCACUGCCUCACCCAGUUCGACUCGAUUCUAUGCUGGCCGAGAACAGCCCGCGGAACCCUGGCGGUGCUCCAGUGCAUGGACGAGCUGCAGGGGAUACAUUAUGAUAGCACUAAGAAUGCAACGAGGUUCUGCCAUGCCAAUGGGACCUGGGAGAAGUACACAAACUACGAUGCCUGCGCCCACCUGCCCGCGCCCGAGUCGGUGCCGGAGUUCGAGGUCAUCGUGGAGCUGCCCACCAUUAUCUACUACAUCGGAUAUACCAUCAGCCUGGUAUCGCUCUCGCUGGCGCUGAUUGUUUUCGCCUACUUCAAGGAGCUGCGUUGCCUGCGCAACACCAUUCACGCCAACUUGUUCUUCACGUACAUCAUGUCGGCUUUGUUCUGGAUACUCUUGUUAUCCGUCCAGAUCUCUAUCCGAAGUGGCGUGGGCAGCUGCAUUGCCUUGAUCACCCUCUUUCACUUUUUCACCUUGACCAAUUUCUUUUGGAUGCUGGUCGAGGGUUUGUAUCUUUAUAUGCUGGUGGUGAAGACCUUCUCGGGGGACAAUCUGCGCUUCAAUAUCUACGCUUCUAUAGGCUGGGGUGGUCCGGCCUUGUUUGUUGUCACAUGGGCGGUGGCAAAAAGUCUGACGGUCACCUACAGUACUCCCGAAAAGUAUGAAAUCAACUGUCCCUGGAUGCAGGAGACCCAUGUGGAUUGGAUAUACCAAGGACCUGUCUGUGCGGUACUAAUCAUCAAUCUCACCUUCCUGCUUCGCAUCAUGUGGGUUCUUAUCACAAAGCUGCGCUCGGCCAAUACAGUGGAGACUCGUCAGUACAGGAAAGCAGCUAAGGCCUUGCUGGUGCUCAUCCCCCUUUUUGGUAUCACCUACUUGGUGGUGCUCGCUGGCCCAUCAGAAUCCGGCUUAAUGGGUCACAUGUUUGCCGUACUGCGAGCGGUUUUACUCAGCACUCAGGGCUUCUCGGUGUCGCUGUUCUACUGCUUCCUAAACUCGGAGGUGCGAAAUGCUUUGAGACACCACAUUUCCACGUGGCGGGACACGCGAACCAUCCAGCUGAACCAGAACCGCCGCUACACGACGAAAAGUUUCACGAAAGGCGGUGGUUCCCCUCGGGCCGAGAGCAUGCGACCCCUGACCAGCUACUAUGGACGCGGAAAGCGAGAGUCCUGCGUGAGUUCGGCCACCACCACCACACUAGUGGGUCAGCAUGCACCACUUUCGCUCCACCGGGGAUCUAAUAAUGCCCUGCACACGAUGCCCACUUUGGCGGGAAAUGCCAUGAGUUCCGGCAGCACUCUGAGCGUAAUGCCCCGGGCCAUUAGUCCUCUGAUGAGGCAAGGACUCGAGGAGAACUCGGUGUAGGACAAAUCCUUAGCAAACUGCAUCUUAAGAGACUGAAACUUUCAUUGAAUUCCACUUCCGUGUCGGAGAUCUGCGAGUGCGAUUAGUUAGCUAAUACUAGAUAUUUUAGUGAGGAGUACGAUGAAAGGAAGAAACCAAGUACCAAGCGGAGCCAGAAAGCAAGCAAACUUAAGUUAGGUCAAUCGUUUUAAACUGUUAGAUGUCGUCUAUGUGAAUCGCUGAAAGCCCCCAUCCCAUUGAAUCAAAAAAGAUGAAACCCCAUUUCCGCUAUGUACUCCAACUGUAGCUGUUGAAUGUAACUCAAUGUGCAAAUGGAUUAAUUCUCUGUAUGAACAUAAAAAUCUGAGCAUCUAAAU